UGUCUUGCACCAUUUGCUGAGAGCAUGUAGGGCAACUUAUCAAGCAGAAUUUGAAGUAGCAAUGGAGGAGAUGAAAUCUGAAAGUGAAGCAGCAUACAAUGACUUCAUGGACAGGGAAUACCACAGGUUCUGUAGGUCUUUUGUUUCAACUGCUUGUGUGUCUGAUAUGAUUGACAAUAAUGUCUCAGAGACAUUCAAUGGUUAUAUUGUCAAAGCUAGGGCUAAGCAUAUCAUUACAAUGCUAGAGGAUAUUAGAAUAGCAUUGAGAGAAAGACAGUACAAGAAAUUGGGAUUGGUUACAGGGUCUACAGAUAGGCUUUGUCCUAAUAUUAAGAAGAAACUUGAAAAACUUAAGCAUGAUGUAAGAAUCUGCCGUGCCCAUCCUGGUUUAGGGGGUAAAUUUGAAGUGUCUUGUUAUGAAGAUAGACUCAUAGUCCAUUUGGGGGAUAGAACAUGUAGCUGUAGGCAAUGGGAUCUCUGUGGGAUACCAUGUAAACAUGCGGUUGCAGCCCUACACUUCAUGAAGGAAGAGCCCACUGACUAUGUGAAUGAGUGCUAUUCUGUGGACAAGUAUUUGAAGGCAUAUGCAUAUGCUCUAGAACCUAUCAAUGGUAAAAAAAUGUGGCCAAAGGGUGUGGGUUAUCCAGUAGAGCCUCCUAUGAUUAAGUCUAUGCCAGGAAGGCCUAAAAAGAAGAGAAAGAGGGAUAUUGAUGAGAGAGAUCCACACAACUCUACAAGGCUGAAAAGAGUUGGGCUUAGAAUGACUUGUCAGAAGUGUCUCCAGGUUGGGCAUAAUGCAAGAACCUGCAAAAAUGAGGCUGUGGAAAAAGAUGAUGCAAACCAGAGACCAAGAGGAAGGCCUAGGAAGCAUCCUCUCACCUGCAGUGAGAGGCCAGCUAAGGAAAGGAAGAGGCGCACCACCAAGAAGACUGCUACAUCUGCCAACAAUGAAGACUCAGCACCAACUCCAACUUCUACUGGUCCAGCCACGACCUUGCACUCUACAACUCAUGUUGUAGCUUCCACAAGCACAGUCAUGAGAGAGAGAGAGAGCUAUAGCUUUGAAGGGGAUGGGGGCAUAUGUUGCUCAAGGGACUGGAAAUAUAUAUGUUAAUAUGUCUUCAAGGAGUGCCAGAGCAACCUUCGUACCACCCCGUCCCAACACAAGGUCGUCUACCAGUGGAAGCUUAGCAUCUGGUGUAGGAUCUUCCAACACACAAGAUGGUCCAACUUAUGAAGCUCCAACACAAGAAAGUGAAGGCACUUAGGCAGUUUAAUUGAGAAGUUUUACUUGGUCUUUUGUUCAUGGACAAGACUUACUUGCUAUUUGAUGAUAGUUAUGUAAUGGUAUUUGCAGCAGAUGUUUGGUUAGUGAAAUAUAACAGUUGAUGGUUUUUGUUGAUGGACAAGGAAUAUUUGGUUAUUGUUUUAUAACAAUUCACAUUAUGAAUGCA